GAAUCUUAUGAACGUUAUAUCAAUUAAUAGUUAUUGGUUCUACUCUCAACUAUUUAAUUAUUUAUUUUCGUGUCUUGUAAUUCUUGUAAGUACCAAUGAAAUUUGGAGCUUCUCUUACAAUUUUAUACAUUUGUGAAACGCCGGUUCUUGACUGUAAUAACUUCACAGAGUCAAUGUGCUAAACCGGCAAAUAUAUAUUCGGUUAAUCAAAUAAGAUUGAUAAUUAAGCAAAAAAAUGUCAAAAUAUCGUAUUGUUAUGGUACGCCAUGGCGAAAGCGAAUGGAAUAAGUUAAAUUUAUUCUGUGGAUGGUAUGAUGCUGGUUUAUCAGAAAAAGGUGAAACUGAAGCUGUUGCAGCUGGAAAAGCAUUAAAACAAGCUGGUUAUACUUUUGAUCUUGCACAUACUUCAAUGCUAACAAGAGCGCAAACAACUCUUCAAAAGAUUUUGAAAGAGAUUCAACAGGAAAAUAUUUCUAUUUCUAAGACAUGGCGUUUGAACGAACGGCAUUACGGUAAUUUAACAGGAAUGAACAAAACUGAAACCGCUAAAAAAUAUGGAGAAGAACAAGUACAAAUUUGGAGACGAUCUUUUGAUACACCUCCACCACCAAUGGAGGCUGACCAUAAGUAUUAUAAUGAGAUAGUAAACGAUGCAAGGUAUGCUGAUGAGCCUAAACCAGAGGAGUUCCCAAAGUUUGAAUCGUUGAAGUUGACCAUUGAUAGAACCCUACCAUAUUGGAAUGGAACUAUUAUUCCACAAUUGAAAGAAGGAAAAAAUAUUAUUAUCGUGGCUCAUGGAAAUAGUUUAAGAGGAAUUGUUAAGCAUCUUGACCAAUUAAGUAAUGAUGAAAUUAUGGGUCUUAAUCUUCCGACUGGUAUUCCUUUUGUUUACGAAUUGGAUGAAAAUUUUAAACCGGUUAUUUCUAUGAAAUUUCUUGGCGAUGAGGAAACUGUGAAAGCAGCUAUUGCAUCUGUUGCUGCGCAAGGAAAAGCAAAGUGAAUGCAUAUAUUAAAAUAUAAUACUUUGUCAUUUUACUAAUCUAAUGAAAUAUUUAAAUUAUCAAAUUGUAUAUUUCUAGUCUUGUUAUUAGUUGACUAACAAUUAAUACAAGUAUUUUAUUAUAAAUUCCAUUAUAUAUUUUUAUGUAUCAAUAAUUGUACUGUAUAAUAACACAAAAUAUCAAUGCUA